AUGGCUGUAUUGCAGGUAAAUUUUAACGAACCCCUCUCCUUCUUACAACGGGUGACGGAGGAUCUGACGUACUCCAAAUGCAUUGACCAGGCUGCUCAGGUUUCUGAGACUAACGCGGUUGAGCGAAUGGCAUGGAUCGCCGCCUUUUCGGUCUCCUGCUACGCAACCACAGCCUUUAGAUUGAGCAAACCGUUUAACCCUCUGCUUGGUGAGACGUACGAGUGCGACCGCACCGAUGACUACGGCUGGCGAAGUUUUGCUGAACAGGUGGGUUGGGCAUUCUUUCGCAGUCCCCACUACUCUAGUCCAGUUUCGUUCGGUGGGGGGAGGGGGGAGGUGGGAGGGGGCUACCUCGAGCGGAACAAGGAAGCCUCGUCCACGCAGGUGCUUGCGCCCAAGUGCCUGACCUCCUCCACUGUCGAAUUGGGACUGUUGGCUUAUUUGGGUUCCAUCACGACGGCGUACUCGGUCAGUCACCAUCCACCGGUCGUCGCCCACUACUGUGAAUCCUCGCGUUAUGGAUGGAAAUUCUGGCAGGAGUUCACGGUAAACAGCAAAUUUCGUGGCAAAUACCUUUCACUUAUUCCAAAAGGUUCCACUCACCUAGUCUUCAAGGACGGCCAGCACUACACUUGGUCGAAGGUGACAAUCACUGUGCACAAUAUCAUUGUCGGACGUUUGUGGGCUGAAAUUCAUGGAGAGACCACGAUCAAGAACCACACAACCAACCACACCUGCCAAAUGCACUACGAGGCGCACUCGUACUUCUCUCGCGAGGCCGAUCGAGGUGUAGCGGAUACCCCUCCCCCUCCUCCUGCUCUGCGACUGCUGCGUUCGUCGCCAGAAUCACCCUAUCGACCCGGAGGUCGGGAGAUGCAGAUCCCGUCGUCGCAGAACACCUCGAAUAUGCUGGUAACCGGCUGCAUAUACGAUCCAUCGGGAAAGUUGGUUUAUAAGGUGAGUGGCACGUGGGACUCGCAAGUCGAGGGCUGUGCCGUCUCCCCGGACGGCCAACCGACAGGUUCUCCCACCACGCUCCUCGUUCUCGAACCUCCUCCGGCCAAUGCUGAGUCGGCAACGAGUGACUUAUCGAGUAAUUUAUGCGCUGUUGGUCCGCCUACCUCUUCGCUACGUUUAUUCGUUCCUUCUGGUAAUGAUACGAUCAACACUGAAACACAAAUGUACAAUUUUAACCAAUUCGCAAUGGAGUUGAAUGAGUUGGAACCUGGCGUAGCUCCUACAGACUCUCGUCUUCGUCCGGAUCAGCGCUUGAUGGAACUUGGUCGGUGGGACGAAGCCAAUGUCGAAAAGGAGCGUCUUGAAGUGAAGCAGCGCCGCAAACGCAAAGCUUGGGAUCUUUUCGAGGCUGGAAAGGAGCCCAUCAACCCCGAAUUCGGACCACCCUACACUCCUGUUUGGUUUUCACCGAUUCAUGACGAAUACACUGACGAAGACUGCCACGAGUUCAACGGCACCUACUGGGCAGCAAAGGCGAAGCAAGACUGGUCAAAGUGUCCUGACAUCUUCUAG